UUUUUUCAGUACUAUUUCUGUUAACGGUGGUUAGUUUAGCUAGUGAUGUAUUGUAUAUUCUGGAUACCUUGAAAAUCUUAAAUUCUCUAUUCUCUCUCAACCCGGAGAAAUCAAUCCCACUUGAAUCUCCGAUAUCACCGGUAUCUCCGGAACCAAAGCUCACUGAUCUUUAUUUGGCAACAGGAUAUUUGAGUAUCUUGCCCUUUUUCCUACCGGGGUUUCUGUUUCCGGUUGAACAGCUCUUCUCAAACCCGGAGACAAGGUUCGGUUUUCCUUUCAUCCUUCUCCGGGUAUCCCUAGUUCCUCUGUAUCCUCUCUUUCUCAUCCUAGUGAGAGCAGGGCGUGUUGUCUCCGGACUGAGAAGAAGUAGAAGAAGGGUUCAAGGUUCAAGGAUCAGUAGAAUGGAUUUCAGAAUCUCUGAGAUUGAUCUUGUUUUGAGGAUUCAUCCACAGAUUUUUCUUCAUUUCUGUCACAUUCUUCUAAACACAAAUAAUCUCUCAUCCUACUUACAGUUUUUGUCUUUAGGAUUGAAUGUUGUGUAUCUGGUAUCCUGCUCCCUUCACAAUAUCCUGUAUCCUGAACACUGUUGUAUCCAAACCCAACUCUUCCAACCUUCUUAUCAUCCGUCCCAAGAUUGCACGGAUGGUGAAACAAUUGAGAUGGAUGUAAUAGCAGACCUGGAGAAAACUUCGACAGAGGUUCAAUCCUCCCAGGGUCCUAAAAAUCAGGAUCUUGAAUCUUCUCAUCCCCUGGUUUGCCGUCUGGAGAGCCAGGACGUUUUCCACAAAUCGGAGGAGAACCUGGAGAGAAGAGAGAACCCGAACCUUCUUCUGGUCCUAGUUCUAGUUCUAGUUCUACUCCUCAACUCAGGGUUCAGAGUUGGUUCUCUUGCUCUUCUUCUUAUUCUGCUCAGGUUCUGGAGUUUAAUCUACUUAAUCCUUCUUCUUCUGGUUCUCUUUAUCCUCAGUCGAACUUCAAACCAACCUCUCUGUAUCCUUCUAACUACCGUCCCGUACAGAUUCUGCACCCUGAGAAACCAAUCCUCUUCCUUGGAUCAAGCUCUGAGUAGUAUCUGGAGAAUGAGUCUGAACAGCUGGGUUUGGUUUGGAGUCCCCUGUUUGCUCCUGUAUGUUCUUGUAGCAGGGAAUCCAUACCUGCUUCCACACUGGCAGGAGUUAAACCUAAUCAAGGAUAUCAACUACUUUAUCAGUUUUGAUUUAUCAAUUCUCUGUUUCGGUCUACUCUCUCUUCCCUUCUCUUAUCUUCUAAACCAGAAAAUAUUAAGGAGAACAUCCGAUUAGAAAACAUGAAGUGUCUCAGACGACUCAGGACAAGAGGAAAAAAAUCAAUAUGAAAUUAUUAUAAAAUUUCCAUUAAAAUUUUUCAGCAACAAAAACUAACAUUUAAAUGUUGUUUGAAGGAAAAGCACGAGUCAGUGCCGAUAAAGUGCCAUCGGACUAAUCUAUGUGUGACCUACGAAUAAUAUUGGCCAUUGGUAUAAAAAACACUUCAAGAAUAAUAUUAAGGUCAUAACUUCUGUAUUUGAAUUCAAUUCUUUAUUCGCUCUAUUUCACGGAAUUAAUUUUAAUUCCUUCAAUUCAAAGUUUUACACUGUAAAUAUAUAGUUAAGUCGUUGUGAUGGCCGGGAUUUCUUAAGUUUCGUCUUUAAUUUGGUCUUUUAGGUCCUUUUGUUAUUUUAAAAUGAGAUAAAAUUUGUUUUUAAUAAUAAAUAUUAUAUAACU